UGGGGUCUUGUCCCUUUUUUCAGUUUCUUUAUAAAUUCCAAAUGCUGACUUCAUUGCUGAGUCAUUCCACAUCAAAGAUAUCCUCUACAAUGUACAAUCAGUUUUUUCAUGUAGGCUGGUCUUCUGCGCACCAUUUCCUUUUUCAUUGCUGCAAGUGAAACCUUCACCAAGUCUUGAUUCACAACAUUUUUUUUUCUUGUCAGGGCACCAAGAUAUAAAACUGAAAAGUUCUUUGAUAAUUUAUGACCAAGAACUGUUUUUACUUCUCCUUCGACAUCUUUCCUGUACUUUUCCAACUUUGCACAUUUCCAGAAAAUAUGGGUGUGAUCUACAUUUACUCCCCUACACAGUCUCCAGCAUGUCUGUGCUGUUAAAAAUUUACUUUCUUUUUUGUCUUUUUUCCAACAAAAAUCUUUCCACUUGCUGGAGCUGGUGGUUAUUUGUUGUAUGUUAUUACACUAAUCUUCAGAAGGUUCACUUUCUUUUUACCAUUUAACUUAAAUACAGUCCAUCAAAGUAUCUCUUCCCAUUGUUAAUCCUUGAUAAAUUGCUGAUAUUACUCUAAUUAUUUUUGUAUACUGUACAUUAAAUUACAAUAACUUCAUUUUGGUCCUGUGUAAAGUCUGGUUUUAUGGCUUUUUUAAAGAAAUUUGCGCUGCUGAAAUGUGAAGCCCACAUUUAGUGAUAUGUUUUACUCUUUAAAAAAAGGGCAAGAGAUUUUUUUUUGGUAAAAACUAUAUUUUCGUGUCAGAAAAAAUCAUCAGUCAAAUAGGUGCUAAUCUGUCCACAAGGGGAGCCAAAAUCAACUUGUAAUGACAUUGUUUAAAGUGAAAAAUACAUGGACUUUUUCAACAAUGAUUCUUACUGCCAAAAGUUGCAGAAAGGCCUUGUUAGAACUGGAUAUGUAACAAUGACCCAAAAUGUAAUAGAAAAUGUAAUAAAACCUGAGAUGUAUUAACUGGUUGAUAAUGUAACAAAAUGCUGAGCCCAAAACAUGAUAACUUUUUGCCCAAAAUGUAGCAACUUGUUACAUUUUGGGUCAGUUAUAAUAUUUUGGGAUCUAUUAUAUUUAUUCUAUUACAUUUCAGGCCAAACAUUUUGUAACAUUAUUGACCAAUUAUUACAUUUCCGGCUUUUUUACUUUUUGAAAAUAACAUUUCAGGUCAUUGUUACAUUUCAGGUCAGUGUUACAUAUCAGGCUCUAAUAGGCCUUGCACUGGAUGUUUGUGCAUUAUGUCAGACUUUAAAAAAUAAAAACUCAUUAUUUUUGUUGUUUCUUUUUCGCUGAAGUAUCAAUAUGAUCUGAUAUUAUUAACCCCUCUGAUAUGUGGAGAGAAAGUCAAUAUUAAACUGUAAAUCAAAGAUGUUAAGUGGACAUUUGAGCACAGAACAUAGACAUGAGAUUUGGAGUGUUUACACUGACUUUGAGUGAGUCAAAGGAUGAAUCCUGAAAUUCUCCUCCUGGAGCACUGGGUCAUCUGGGGGCGAAACACCCAUCAGACCUUUUGGUUUGUUAAGGCAGGACCUCUCAGGCCUGAACCUGGACCAAGACAGCUUUAAGUGUCUUAGUGGCAAGGGUGAGCAGACUACCUGAGUAUUUCUCAGUCUGUUAGCCUCAAAACAUUUUUAUUCACUGCUCCUUUUUCCACAAUGUCAUUCACUUCUCUUCUACUUGAGUAAAUUUUUUCUACUCCAUAGAUUUCAAUAAAUAUUGUGUUUUAAUAUCCUAUUCUCUCUUAAUGUCAUAAUUCAAUGCGUUUAAUGUUUGCGAUGUUCCACUUUUAACUCCAUAAAUCGCUUGAAUCAUAAUUGAUGAUUUACAAAAGACUGUUCCUUGCCUGAGAAGUUUUGUAAAGAAGUUCAGGAUGUUUGUUGUUUGUUAAGUAGAGUGUUAAUUCACAUGAACCAUUUCAAAGGCCCUUGUUUGUGAUUUGGUUGACAAAACACCCGUGAAGGGUGUCGGUCUAUUUGUAACCAUUGUUCCUGUUUGCUUGCUCAAGUUUUAAUUGUGUUUUGAUUUUUAAGACCCCCCUCUGUGUUCUAUAAAUCUGCUUUUGAUUCUUAAACAGGGUGCAGGUCAAGCGAAAUAAAAGGUACAGUUGGUUUGACAUCACUGCUUUGAGGUACAAAAGGUCCACUAAUUAUGUUGUGCCUUGGUUGCUGGUGCAUUAGUCGAAAAGACUGGGAAAUGAUGUCAUGUGCUAGGAAAUAAGCUCAAAACUGAUGACCCAGGGUAGUAGAACAAAAGAAAACCAAUGUAAACCACCCAGGGGAUGUUGGCUUUAUGAAGCUACACAAAGCUGACAACACUACCUCAACAAAUAAACACCGUUUGUUGUUGUUUUUUUCGCUCUGCUUUUUUACAGAGCUCUACAGUUCAUGGUUUCGAAGCAGUGUUUGCAUUUGUCAUCAUUUGGUAUUUUUUCAUUUUUUCCCUCCUUUUUUCUCUUUUCAUUGUUUAUUUUUUUCCUCAAAUGUCCAGCUCAGAUUUAUUUUACAAUCUUAUUUAUGAUCCAGUGUAUGCUUCAUGGAGGAUAUCAUCAGAACUGUAAGAGAUAGUAAAGGCCAGAGGGAUUCACGCUUGUGUCCUAGUUUUGCACCUUCUUUUGGUUCCUUACUUACAUGGGACAUUACAUUUGCAUAUCACGAUAGCACGAAAAGGGGGUAUGAAUUUUGUAUGCCAAAUGUAUAGCGGGGAUAUUCAGAAUACUAGAACCUGAUGAAGAAAUAAAAUAAUAACUGCACUCGAUGAACUCCCCGGAACAAAAGAGCAGAAAUGUUUGUGGGAGGUCGACUGCUGAAUGUGGAGACUCACCCGGAUGUAACCGAUUAAAUCAUCCGGCAAAUGAGAGGCCGUUAGUUAGCAUCCCCGCUAACGGUAUAUAAAUUGUCAACAGCGUUAUAUUAGACGCUUGAAUUCAUAUAGGAGGUGGUGAAUUUAACUAAUUAAUCAUGAUCAAAGCUAUUCUGAUAUUCAACAACCAUGGGAAACCGCGGCUGAUCAGGUUCUAUCAGUAUUUUGUAAGUAUUUUGGGGGGUUGUUGUUGAAAACAUUAGCAUGAGCUGUAGCUGUUGUCAGUCUGUGCUGGGUUCAUGUCACUCUCUUGAAAAUUUCUGACUGGUUCAUUGAUUUGUGUUAUUAAAUUUCAGGCUAAAAACAAGAUUAGAAAAUACGUCUUAUGACAUUCGUGAGUUAUGUUCGACAGAGCUGAUCACACAGUGAUUUCGCGGUUUGGUUUCAGUUCCUCCUAUUCAGACAAACAAAUCUGUUUCUAAAAUAAACUUACCUGUUACAACAUUAUGAAUACAUGGGGAAGUCCUUUACACCUUUUACAGCAAAUACUACCUUCAGAAAGCUUCAGAUCAGCUCCCACUUUCUGUACGAUCAGACGGACCAGUAUUGUGUUUCAUAAUGAUUUGAUUAUUAUUGUAUCACGCAUAUACGAUAUUUUAACAUGAAAACAAAAGUAGUAGCUGUGAAAAUGUCAAAAAUAAUUUUACAGGAAUAAACUGUGCAGACGUUUCCUCCAGGCUUUGAAAACAAAAGAGACAAAAGUGAUAUACAGUGGAUAGAAAAAGUCUACACACCCCUGUUCAACUGCCAGGUUUUCAUGAUGUAAGAAAAUGACGGCAAGAUAAAUAUUUUCACAACUUUUUCCACCUUAAAUGUGACCUGUAACCUGUACAAUGCAAUUGAAAAACAAACUGAAACCUUUAAGGGGAAAAACAAAAAAUAGAAAAGUUAAAAUAACCUGGUUGCAUAAAUACGCACACCCUUAAACUAAUACUUUGUUGCAGCACCUUUGGCUUUUAUUACAGCACUCAGUCUUUUUGGGUAGGAGUCUAUCAGCGUGGCACAUCUUGAUGUGGAAAUAUUUGCCCACUCUUCUUUGCAAAACCGCUCCAAAUCUGACAGAUUGAGAGGUCAUCUCCUGUGCACAGGCCUCUUUAGAUCACUGCACAAAUGUUGGAUUGGAUUCAGGUCUGGGCUCUGGCUGGGCCAUUCCAAAGUCUCAAUCUUAUUGCAGUGAAGCCGUUCUUUUGUUGAUUAAGAUGUGUGCGUUGGGUCAUUGUCGUGCUCAAAGAUGAAGUUCAUCUUCAUCUUUCUAGCAGAAGGCCGAAGGUUUUGUGCCAACACUGACUGGUAUUUGUAACUGUUCAUAAUUCCCUCCACCCUGACUAAGGCACCAGUUCCAGCUGAAGAAAAACAGCCCCAAAGCAUGAUGCUGCCACGACCAUGCUUUUUUUGUAAGAUAAGGCUUCUGCCUUGCUACCCUACCCCAUAGCCCAGACAUAUGAAGACAGCGGGAGAUUGUUGUCACAUGUACUACACAGCCAGUACUUGCCAGAAAUUCCUGCAGCUCCUUCAGUGUUGUUGUCGGCCUCUUGGUAGCCUCCCUGACCAGUUUUCUUUUUGUCUUAUCAUCAAUUCUGGACGGUCGUCCCGUUCUUGGUAAUGUCACCGUUGUGCCAUAUUUUUUCCACUUGAUGAUGACAGUCUUUACUGUGUUCCAUGGUAUAUUUAAUUCCUUGGAAGUUCUUUUGUAGCCCUCACCUGACUGAUAUCUUUGAAUAAGGAGAUCCCUCUGAUGCUUUGGAAGCUCUCUGCGGACCAUGGCUUGUGCUGGAAGAUGUGGCUACAAAAAUGUCAGGAAAAGCUACUAGAGCAGCUGAACUUUAUUUUGGGUUGAUCAGAGGCACUUUAAUUGGUAACAGCUGUGUGCUGACGGUGGAAGUAGUUGUGAAAUUAUUUAUCUUGAUUUAAUUUUUUACACGACAAAAACCUAGCUGUUGAACAGGGGUGUGUAGACUUUUUAUAUCCACUGUGCCAACGGAGACGUAGUGGGAGAUUGUGGUGUACUGGAGUGUGUUAAACUGUAAGCUGUUUCUUGCAUUUUCAUCACUUCAUUAACAAACAUGAGGGAAGCAAAAAAAAAAUAAAAAAAGGUAAAACCUUUCACAUUAACUGCAUCUGUGUCUAGGUAGAAGCCAAUGAAGGUGCUUUCCCCCUUUUUCUUUCCUCAUUUAGAGUCAAAAUAUCUAGUUAACAUAUUGACAGUUCCUCAUGCUCAUGUUAUCAGGAAAUUCCAAGUUUAUGACUGAAUGUGUAAGUAUUGUUGUUUGAUUGAAAAGGAUAAACGGUCAGUGAUUUCACCCUCAUUCUAACACUUUAGCCGAGCUGAUAAGUUAUGUAACCCACCUCAUAGCCUUCAGUGGCCUCUGCAACCCAGACAGCAUUGCCACCUUUAACAGCGCCAAACUCUGUUUGGCAAGCCUGUCAAGUAGGGACAAUGCUGGUACUAUCUCAUCUACCACAUGACUACCACAUCCCUCAGAGCAUGGCCACCUUCAGCAGACAAACAGUUAUAGAUGUUCAAUAUUCUAGUAUGUUUGGAGUUUAGCUUUUGAUGGGAUUUGGUACCACAAAAGCAUUUGUUUUUUUACCUUUAAACCAUCAUUUUUUUUAAUAACUCGCUAUCCUAGUGCAAUGUUAACUACACAUCAUCAAACUAAACUUUUAAAAAAACAUCAGCUAAAUAAUAACAUUUGUCUGUAGGUUGGGACUGUUUACCAGACUCACUCUACAUUUUCAUGGACGGUUGAGAGAUUUAGCAGACUGGGUAACAUGUUUUCUUGCAGGCGGAGGACAUGCAGCAGCAGAUCAUCCGGGAGACUUUCCAUUUGGUGUCUAAAAGAGACGACAAUGUCUGCAACUUCUUGGAGGGUGGGAGGUGAGUCAAGAUGUUUGUGCAGUUCUGUGCAAAUAUGCCAUUCCAAGAAGCCAAUGAUUAAAUGCCUAAACUAUCUGAGAGCACACAGAGUUACAGAUUUGUCUGUCAACGCAAGUCGGAGAAGCUGCUGCAACUGAGAUUUAGAUAAUUGUGAUUUGACUUAUUUAAGUGGAUUAACUCAGUCACUGGACAAAAUUAGAUUCAUGUCAUUAAAUGUCAGAUAAUUAUGAAAUUAACGACAAUAUAAAGUGUCUUUUGAGAUAAAAAUUGGCAGAGCAGUUGACGUGAUUUGACUCAUGAGGUGUUAUGCCACAGUCUCUUUGGCCUUUACAGACGAACUGCUGUAAACCUUGGCCCCCUUUUCGGGGCUUUUGUGCCACAACAGAUGCUGACGUCACUUGGCAGCAAAGAUGAGCCUCUAAUGAGCAGCUAAGUGUGGAUGCAGUAACACGACUGUAACCAUUAGAUGGAAGCAAACCCACAGAAGUCGGCCAGGUCUCGGCCACUUCUUUUAAUUUGUUUAAUCAGUAAAGGUGUUUUUGCAAAGGAGAAUAAAAAAGUAUCUAAUGUCACAGAACAUCUCGUGGCUGAACAAAACAAAUACUGUUUGAUCAACAGUGAAGAACCGCUUGGUCUCUUUCAUUGGUUGGGAAGACAUAAAGGGGGCACUUCAGAUAUGACUUAUGGUGUGAUUUUUAAUAGUUUUAUCCUGGUCUUCUUGGUUUGUUUAGUGCAGUAUUUUUUUUUUCAUUCUUGUUUCAAAUGUUAUCGUGUUUUUCUCUCUCUCUGUUUUGCUGUAGACAGUUUGUGAUAUCUUUAAUAUCACCAAUCUAGGAAGAGAAGUGCUGCUUCAGUUAAUGGGAGUCCAAAUAAAGCAAUAAAACAGAUAAACUCAUACCUAAUUAACCACAUGUCUCUAUUUUACAGCGCACAUUAAGAGAUAAGAUAAGAUACACUUUUAUUAGUCCCACGGGGGGAAAUUCCAAAAGAGAAAUUAAAGGGUUCGAUUAAAGGAUUUAAGCAAUCAAUGGCCUGGUCUGGUUUUAGUCCUGCUACUCUCGUCCUUGAAGCACAAAUCCUGAUAUUUUGUGUGUGUAAAGUAAUGUUUUUUUUUUUGUCCUCACAGUCUCAUCGGUGGUUCAGACUACAAACUGAUUUACAGACACUACGCAACCCUCUACUUUGUCUUCUGUGUGGACUCGUCUGAGAGUGAGCUGGGCAUUCUGGACCUGAUCCAGGUCAGUUUGUAGUCUAUUUAACUGAUUUACUGACAGGUUGGUUAUUGGCAGAUAUUUAAUGCCAAUUUCACAUUUUUGUUGACAAAAAACAACAGUAUAAUUACACAGAAAAAUGAAAAACAUAAUUGCUAAACUUCAGUGAGUAUUUCAUUGAAUACAUGUAGACUUGAACACUGUAAAUCCAACAUGAUUAUAACUUAGCUUAGGCUUUUUGGGGUGUGAGCAGUGUACCUCACUUUCGCCGAGGGCUGGGGGAUAUGGCCUCAAAUCAGUAUCAUGAUAUAUUGAGCAGUUCACCUCAAUAACGAUAAAUGGACGAUAAAUACUCCACAAGAUGCUCAUCCCCUCCCACAUUAACUUAAUCUAUUUCAGCCACUGCUCCAGCCGCUACAACUUUUGAACCCUCCUCCAUCUCUUCACCUGUCUUUCUGUCUAUGUUACGAACUGGAUGGGGUGGAGUCACAUCUCUGACACCGAAUAUACCGAUAUGGGCAAAAUGACGUAGGUUAUUGUCGUAAAUUUCGGUAUCUGUAAAUUUUCGGUUUAUCGCCCAGCCCUACUUUCAUCUAUCUCCUCUGACAUGGUUCAUGCUGCAGUAGAAGCCAUGUAUUGGGGUAAAAGCUGGCUUGUUGUUGGGUCUCCCCUGCUGCUGCUACCUCUUUGUGUUGCCUUUGUUUUAUGUCCAUUGGCAAGCAGUGUUAAGACCCACUCUGGCUCUCUGCUUUGAACCUGUUUGAUUAAUUUUAGCAUCAAUCGGUCUAUAUUUAAUAAAGUUAGUUAAUAAGUGUUUUACAACCAAACAGUUCUACUUCGACUUAUCGACUUUAGAAGAAUUAUCUAUCCACCAGGUGGUUUUCAAAGAAUCACAGCCCUCCUGUCUGCCUUUUCACUGCCCUGUUGCUGGUUGACAUUAAUAUUGAAGUGUGGUAAGCCGGCCAAAAGUUGCUACAGAAGCAUCACUCACACAGUCCAGCAAAAAAUAAGGAAAAUGCCACAAUGAGAGCCACUUACCCUUUGCAGGUGGACUCCAGCUCUCAGCAUGCCAGUAACAAAAGCCACUGAAAGCCUAAUUGAUGAAAUCUUUUUGCCUCUAUAAACAGCAUAUGCUGGUCCAUAGCCAAAUAAGGGUUUCCUGUCAGAUUAGCUUUGGUAGUUGCAGUUUUCUUUUUUUUGUGGCUUUGUUUGAGUUUCUUUAUCUCUUCACGGCACUGCUUGUGUGGUGGAUAGUUGUAGAAAGUUGGCGGUUAACACUUUCAGAGUUUUUUAUAUUACACUUAACAGAGUACAAAUAUUGUUCUAUCUCCGUCACAUAAACACUCAACUAUUUAAGCUUGGGCUUUGUUAUUCUCUCCUAUUUUAGCAAUCGUUUACUAACAUGAACUGCAGGGUUUUAAAAUGGUUGUCUGUGGUACUAAUCACAGGGAACCUGUAAGUCCCUCUUGUUCUGGGAGAGUACCUAGUACAAGUUCUGAAGCAGUGUUGUUUUUGUUGACGAUGACGAAUAUUUCGUCAACGAAAACAACACUGCAAAAUAUAUGUUUAGCGUUUGACUGACAAAAUGCUCAUGAAUUUUGCAACUCUGUUUGGGGUCCACCUCUAACGUUUUCGUCUAGUCUCGUCAACGUAAAUGCACAUUUGUCUCGUCACAUUUUAGUCAUCUUAGACUUAUGAUUAGCUCGUCAACGUCAUGUCUUUGUCCUGAAAAAAAGGGGCUUCGUCAACGAAAUCUGCACUGUUCUGAAGCUAGAAAGGCUCCUAACAGGGUUCUGGGUAUGAGUUUCUAUAAAAAGGGGUAGGGAGAACUGCAAACAAAGUUCAUGUGGUUGAAGACACCUAUCAUCUUAUCAUUAAUACUGAUAUAUCGUGACAGCCCUAGUUCAGAUACUCAUAGAAUCAACGCUGAAAGGUAAUAAUGUCAUUGCAAAGGACUUUUCUGAGAUAAAUAGUUGUUCUUUUAUCACCUGUCAGAUGUUUUUUUUAAAUGUUUUUGAUUUUACAAACAUCUCUCUCUUUUCCAUUUCAACCUUUGUACAGUCAAAGCAUGAAUAAAAGACUCUGUCUCCCCCUUGAGCUACUAAAGAAGCUCCUUUUCAUUACAAUACCUGUGCAGGGUUCAUUUUGAGAAACAGGAAUCAUCUCUAACCCCUUUCUUUUCACGGUUUCUCCUCAUGAUUCUGGUGCUGGUAGAAAAAUGAAACACACUCUUCUGCCGAUCUCAUUGAGAAUCUCGCUGAUAACACAAGAAGCCAUAUACUAAUAAAAAUGUGAAGUGGAAAGGCUGAUAUCACAGAUUUAGGCUCUAUGCGCAGUCCUUUAAAUGAUCACGUGAAGAGGAGUAUUUCUUCUUAUCAGAGCCAUUUAAGUUGAAGUAUUUAUUAUGUCUAUUAUUAUUUAGUAUGUUAUUAUGUCCUGAAAAAAACAACUCUAAAAUUAUUUUCUUUUCAACCUUUCAAAGCUCUCUCUUCUGUAUGCAGGUGGUGAUUUGAGAUAUGAUCUGUUUAACUUUUCUUAUCUUUUCACUUUAGGUCUUUGUGGAGACGCUGGACAAGUGCUUUGAAAAUGUCUGUGAGCUGGAUCUCAUAUUUCACAUGGACAAGGUGAGUGUGACACAGAGCAGCGAUUCCUAUGAUGGCCAUCUUCAAGUGUUUUUCCUGAACCUCGCUGCUGUUUUUUGCUUCAGCUAUGAGCUCAGAGGCACACUGAGACCUCUUAUUAAUCCAGUGUGAAUAAGCAUGUGGCGAUAUGAGCAGUCCAGGCGGAGACCUGGACCAGCUUUAGACAGCUAGAUGGGCCGAGAAAGACAAAGCAGGUUAAACAAAAAGAGAGACAGAAGAAGGACAGAAAAAAAAACAUGAGAAUCUGUUGCAAUAUCAAAAGUCAGUAUUAACACACAAAGUGUCAUGACUCGACAAAGAAUUGUAACCCUUCCAAAGCAAAUCUGGUCACUAUUUACAUUUGUACAGUCAAAAUACACGAUCGAUUUAUCAGCAAGUCAAUUAAAUCAGCCAAUUUUAGCCCGUUUGAGACAAAUCAGUAAUAGGCCAAAACUCGCAGAUUUUCGCUGAGAUUUUCAGAAAUAAAAGGAAGAGAACGGUUUCCCUUUGAAAAUGUUCCGCCAUUUGAAAAGACUCCCCGACUUAUCCUGUAGAUGGUGCAGCGACCUCAUGACAAUCUUCAUCCACUAACUACCUCACAGCACAGCAGAGUAAGGGAUCUGAAGCAGGCAGCUCAGGGACGGACGGAGGAGAGUGGUCCAACCAGUUUGUGAAACACACAAUAACUCAACAAGUUUCAGUUCAACCCACUUCACGAUGUUCCCUGCUGUGCUGGUCUUGGUUAUGCUAAGUUAACAGUGACGCACCAUGUAAUAUGCAAGCUAAAUUUAGAGUUAGCCAUCUGCUAUUAGCCUUGCUACACUGUUAGCCGUGCCAGUAACGGUAGAAUAAACAACAGUACACAUUACGUGAUCGAGCUACUUCUCUUACCGAGGCAGCUGCAUGUCUCCAGUUGAGACCAGACUGGAAAUGUGUUACGUGAGUGAUAUAUUUUAUAACUUCAUAAAAAAUAUUAAAAAUCGGCCGAUAUAUCAGAUAUUUUUCCCUCCUAAUAAUCGGCAUCGGCCCCAAAAAAUCCACAUCGGUCAGGCCCUACUAUUUACAUUUGUACCGUCAAAAUGAACAUGAAAGAGUAAGAAGAGUUUUUAUGGAGUAUUUAAAAGCUAAAUGCACACAUUGUCCUUAUUAGAGGAUAUUGCAGAGAAUAACUACUCAGGGUCUAAAGGCAGGUUUAGUCUGUGUAGUGUAUGGUCAAACUGGUUUGGACAUCUGUGUUCUUACACGCCUCCUCUGGUUAAUGUCUGCAUAAUUUGGGGUUGAAUAGCAAGUUUGAAAGGAGCUCUUUUUUAACUUUUGCAUGAGAUACUCAGUAUUUGCUGUUUAUUUAUUUGGUACUUAAAAAAAAAAGAUUUUCCUCUUAAGGGCAUUUGUGUACGAGUGACCCAGAGUUACAUAUACAAAAACCUGCAUCAUACAGCCAGCUGCUUUCCAAGAAGAGCUGCACAGCUGUUUCAUUAUUUUUUUUCCUGAGUGAGCCAAACAUUUUCACUGUGUUUAUCGAACAGUGCUCCUGUACUCUCUGAUAUGGUGUAGACUUUAAAUGAUUGAUUCUGCACCUUUGAAAAACAACCUUCCUAACACACUCAGCUCCAGAAAGGAUCGUCAGUGGAGACUCGUUUUGUUUUGAGAUGGAAAUUUUUCUUUGAAAUUUAGAAGGUUAAUGAUUUUUCAAGGUUUUGACCCAUGAUUUGUUUUAAGACCACUUUAGACAGACUUCUUUAAAGAUAGAGCUCUGUGUCUCAUUUUUCUAAAACAAGGACUCCUUUUUUCUCCCUGGAGUCGAGCUCGAAGUGUUGCUGGAAACUAAUCAGGCAUAUCUACGGCCAUCUUGAUUGAAUUUUCCCUGCAGGAAAUUGACAUCAUGUGGUGCGGUGGGGUUUGGCCUGAGGAAUGUACUAGGAUGAAACUUGGAAAUAUUUCUACUAGAGAGUCAACCUUUAAAACGCUCUGAAGGUUUUGCUGGGCAGACAACACUGAUCUGAGCAGCAGAGUUAAACUGUUUUUCACACUUAUUCAGGAUCAUAAAACAGACUUUUUACUGUUCUGUCCAGGAAAUUCCUUGAUUUUGGAUUUAUUUUCCUCGUGGGAUUUGUUUGAGUCACGACUGUGUUUUUGCACAGUUAACUCUAUGAAUACCGCUUUAUGGAAAACCAAACCUGGUACAGAUUUACAUGUUUUUUUUUACUACUGUGUCAUCUGUAACCUCAAAGUAGGUCUGCAACUGAAGACUCUCACAAUUUCCCAGAAAUGUUUUCUGCCCGCAGGAUUUCCCGCAUCUGAACUGGAAAGGGAGAUUGAAACUGUGUCCUGGCGAGGUCUUAUUUUGGAGAAGUGUAACAGAAAUGAAAAGUCCCUCCAAUGUUUUGUUCCUGUUUCAUCCUUUUGUAUUAGUUGUUAUGAAGAAACACAGACGAGCUGGGUUGCUGAAAAAGACAGGGUUGUUAUUUACUGAACUGUGUACAGCCCGAACGGUGACAUCUGGUUGUAUUUAGGACCCUGCCUCUUGUGGGUUGUUGUGUAAUCCCGUUCUUAAUGUCGGAGUCAUUUUCUGACUUAACAAUUUUCUGUGACAACCCGAAUUCUGUAGAAGCUGGGACACUACGUAGAAUACAGAUAACCUUGUAUUACAUUGAAAACAGUGGAAAAUCGGAUGUUGAAUCUGAAGAAAAUGUUUUUGUUUAAUAAAAAAUUGAUGCUCUUUUUCCAAUUCAUGCCAGCAGCACAUUUCAAAACAGUCAGGACGAGGACAGCCGAAAACAUUAUAUACUGCUAAAAAAAUCACCUGAAGGAACUUCUCCCCACUGAUGAGGCUAAUUUACAUCAGAUGACUGGCUUUAAAAAAUGGCUUCCCAGAGGGCUGGGUCUCUCAGGAUUUAAGAUGAGAGGAGGUUUGCUGCUCUGAAAAAGGCAGUGUAAGGAAACAGUUCAGCAAAUUCAGGAAGAUGUACCUGAGAAUAAAAAAUGCAAACAAUUUUAAUAACAGUAAAUAGAAUCAUCAAAAGAUUCCGAGGAUCUGAAAAAAAUAUAUGUUCAUAAGGAGCAAGGUCAACAACUGAUACUGGAUGGCCAUGAACUUUGGACCCACAAGCAGGACUGUGCUAAAAACAGACAUGACUCUGCAGUGGAAAUCGCUGCAUCAGCUGAAAAUCACAUUAAAAAACACUGUCUGUCAACACAGUUUGUUGCUGCAUCCACAAAAGCUUAAGUUAAAAAGACUACCAUGCAAAGUGGAAACCAUAUAUGAACAUGAUCCUGAAAUUCCUGGCCCAGACUUCUCCGGCCCUGCCCCCCAUUUAAGAUGGACUGAUUCAGAGUGGAAAACCACAGGAAAGUUUCCAGAGUGGAAAACUGUCCUGUGGUCUGACAAAUCAAGAUUUGACAUUCUUUUUUAACCAAGGAUGCUGCAUCCUCUCUGCUCUUGGGAACAGUUUAAGCCAGGGGAUGCAUGAGUGCCCACAGUAUGGGCAACUUACACAUAUGGGAAGGCGCCAUCAGUGCUGAACAGGUUUUGGGGUAAAAUAUGCUGGUACACAGAGAACUCCUUUUUUUCAGGUAGACCUUGCAUAAGACAGCAAAAAGGAAGAAAUUCUGCAUGUAUAACAAUAGCGUGACUCUGUAGUAGAAGAGUCUGGGUGUUAAACUGGCCUGUCUGCAGUCUUGACUUGUCCCUUAUAGAAAACCUUUGGAGCUUCAUGAUACAAAACUCGGUCGCUUGGUUCCCAAACGUUUCAAGAGUGUUGUUUAGAGCAGAUCUAAUGUAACAAAAUGGUAAACAUGCCUGUAGGGCUGGGCGAUAUGGCCUCAAAUCAGUAUCAUGUUAUUUUGAGCAGUUCACCUCGAUAACGACAAAUGGAUGAUAACUACUCCACAAGCUGCUCACCCCCCCACACAUUAAUCCCGUCUACUUCAGCUGCCGCUCCAGUCGCUACAACUUUUGAACCAUCCUCCAUCUCCUCACCUGUCUUUCCCUCUUUGUUACUGACUGGAUGGGGUGAAGUCACAUCUCCAACGUAGGACAUCGUCUCAAAGGGACAUGAGACCAUAGCCUACCUACACACAUCCAAAACCAGCUUUCAUUUAUUUAUUCCUUGACACCAAAUAUAUUGAGAUGGGCAAAAUGACGUCAGUUAUUAUCGUACAUUUUGGUAUAGGUAAAUUUUCGGUUUAUCACCCAGCUCUACAUGCCCGUCCUAACUGUUUUAAAACAUGUUUUUUUGUCAUGAAAUUUAAUAUAAGAAUAUAUUUUCAUUAAACAGUGACUGCUUUUUUUUUUUAGAUAAAUUUUUAAUUAAUUUAUUCAGAAAGUUGGAUAAUAGGAGAGGUCAAAAGGAGGAUCAUGAGCAAUCAUUUACAAAACUGGGGACAGAGAAAACAUCUUCGCAUCCAUGGAAACCCGACAACAACAUACCAAUUGCUUCAGUGUUUGCUAACCUUUCCCUCCCAAUGCACUCCCACUCCCACUCGCCCUAUACACCCCACCCCCUACACCAGAAAAAUGACUUCUCGUAAUCUGAUCAUUUGUUUUUCACUUUUUUUAACCAAAUACUAGCUUUGGAUCAUUCUCAAACUCUGUCUUAUCCAUAUUUUCCAAAGCAGCCCAACUCUGAUGGAAUUAGGGUUGUACAAUUGACCAUGAAUCUGAAAUGUCAAGUCACAGCAAGCGUCAUGAGCAGAGUGAUGCUUAAAUGACUGGAAUAACACAUACAAGCUGUCAGUGUGUAUUCACUGUUGUUUUGUGUCUGUCUGCAGGUCCACUAUAUCCUGCAGGAGGUGGUGAUGGGGGGAAUGGUGCUGGAAACCAACAUGAAUGAGAUCGUAGCCCAGGUGGAGGUGCAGAACCGCAUGGAGAAGUCAGAGGUCAGUGUAUUGGCUGCGAUUAAAGAACCGUCCAAGGUUUUUAGACAGUUCCUUUGCCCGUGGAUUCACUUAACUUUUGAAUUAUUAUAUUGCUUCAUUUUAUAGUAGAGCAUUACAACAUUAUGGCAGUAUCCAGUAGUAAGUGCUACAGCUCUGGCUGGUGGAGGAUCACUGUGCUGCAGCUUAGAUACAGGAUUUCAGGCCUUUGAUGAAGAGUGGGUAGUGACUCCUGACUCAACGCACACAUCUCUCACUUGAGUUUGAUAUGCAUCAGUGUAUCUCUUGACCUGUACAGACAUGGUUGUGUUACAUGAAUGGAGUCAAUAAAUUUCUUGGAUCGCUGUGAAAAUGUCCGACCAGAAUCUAACAGACGGCAAAGUUUGUUACUUUUAUCGACAAAAGGCAGAUCAGUUCUUUUAAGGACGCCGUAAUCACGUAAGAUAUCCACAAACAGCGGCUCCAAGGUGUUCUCAUGUUUUUCGCUUUACAGGGAGGUCUGUCAGCUGCGCCUGCUCGCGCCGUGUCAGCUGUGAAGAACAUGAACCUGCCCGAGAUUCCCCGCAAUAUCAACAUCGGAGACAUCAAUAUCAAAGUGCCGAGCCUCUCCCCGUUCUGAGCAGCGGUCCAGCUGAGCUCUGCGGGGCUGAUGUACUACUGAUGGAGCUCCCCUCCACCCAGCUCUGCUGGUAAUAGAGAGAAAACUGUUUUUAUAAAUGUAUCAUGAUGGAACCACAGCAGCUUAUUCUCCUCAGAUGAAGAGAGGAUAAGCUGUCAUAUUUUUGAGUUCUACUGAAUGCAGGUUACAGAUUACCACAGGCGAAGGAUUUGCACAAUAAUGUAAAAAUUGAUCCUAUAAAAGCAUCGAGAAAUUUUAUUAUCUUUAUUUCUUUUUCUGUUCUCAGUUUUCUGUUCUCUCUGUUUGACUUCCCAUUCUCUCCUAAUGAAAAAUGAUCAGUGUGGGACUCGUGUGUAUAUUCUGGCACACUCUCCCAAAUUUCUGACAUUCAUCACCGGUCCCCCCCUGUCUAAAAGAUUCCCCCUCGAGCUUUUGGACACAGUGCAGCGCUCUGUAAUAAAAUCCUCUGGCUUCUGUGUAGAGCUGUAAUUACUCAUACACAUCUUUAUCUCCUGUUUCAACUUUCAUACAGACUGAGUUCAGACUCUUCUGCUCGGCUCUUGUCAAAGUUUAUUUUUCCUCCUCUGUAAUAUAGUGCGUCUCAGACAUCCUUGUGAUUUGUGAAUAACAUUACUGUUCUCCUGGGUGCUGAUUGUGCCCAGUGCAGCGAAUGUGAAUGUUGUUACAGCCAAGUUUUAAUGUGCUGUUGUAGAAUCUUGCCAACAUCUGUUUAAGGAAACAGCAGACUUACAAAGACCUUUUCUUUUUAUAUCUUUUAGUGUUUGUAUUAAGUGUUUGUGUCUUAUUGGCUGUAGAAUCAGACCUUGUACUCAAACUUCCUGUGAUCAAAACAUUCCUUGGCAAGUUGAAUUGAAGAAUAAAAAAAAAAGCACACAAA